CAAAACAUCAGUUUUGAAUCCAAUAUGGCGGAUUAGACUUACUGCUGAGUGGUUGUGUUUUGUCAUGUUUAUUUUCGAGUUUCUUUGAGUGAAUUUUGCAUGUGCUGUAUUUAAUAUGAUAUCCUCAAUAAUAUCCCGAUUGGUAAUAUUGGUAUUCGGCACUCUGUACCCGGCGUACGCAUCCUAUAAAGCCGUGCGGACAAAGAACCUGAAAGAAUACGUAAAAUGGAUGAUGUACUGGAUAGUGUUCGCCCUAUUCACGUGCACAGAGACAUUCACGGACGUGUUCCUCUCGUGGUUCCCGUUCUACUACGAGGUGAAGAUAGUGCUGGUGCUGUGGCUGCUGUCGCCCGCCACCAAGGGCUCCUCCAUCUUGUACCGCAAGUUCGUGCACCCCGCGCUGUGUCGCCGCGAGCAGGAAAUAGAUGAAUACAUAGCCAAAGCGAAGGACCAGGGUUACCACACAGUCCUGAACCUGGGCACUAAAGGAGUCAACUAUGCGACCACGGUCAUCAUGCAGACUGCCAUCAAGAACUUCAACUUACCGACGGCGGAACGAGAAAACUUAGUGCGGCGAGCCAUCGAAGGCAAUGACGUCACAGAUUACCCUCAACACUACGAGAAUUUCCAAUACCAAGCUACGGAACCACGGAUAACUGAACUAAUAGAUGUAGAUGAUGAUGAUAAUAUGGCUAUUGGAGAUCCGCAUGAUCCUGAUUACGAGCCACAUGAGACUUCGGCCAGGAGUAGAGGCAAUGUUGUGCGCAAGAGGGAAAGAGUUGUGAAAGAGAAAAAGCCCAGAAGCAGAUCUAGAGGCCGUAGGACGAGGAGCCAGGCCGCUAAAGAAGUGGAGAAGACAGAGAUAGUCGCCGAUUGAGUGUCUGAUAAUGGCGGAUGUUGAUAUGCGAUCCAAAUCUGUGAUCUGGAUUUCGAAUUUAAAUUAUGAUACGUAAGGACUAUGUGUCUUAAUUCAAAUGCGAAGAGCUGAAAACGGAUGGGGAUAGUUUAUUAAUAUCCAGACUAAAACGCCGUACUGUGAUGCUUAGGAUAUUUUCAUUUUAAUCUUGUAUUUUGUUCUAUCCAGUUAGAAAUUGAUGUAGCGGGUCCUUACAAGUUUAUUUAACUGACUGAUGAAAUGCAAUUCGUAAGCCAAAUACUCCUGUUUUUUCGUUGCUCAAAUUAUGUUUUUUUUUAAAUAAGAUUUUUAAUUUCGCAACGCACUUUGUAUCAGUAUGUGUGGUUUUAGAAUAGUUUAUCAAUGCAGGAUACGAUAGAAGUAAUUUGCUUUCACUCUUUUAACAAGAGAGAGUGGAAAUUACUACCUUCGAUUUAUUGCCAUAUUUUUUAUUGCGCUAUUGAAAUGCUUAGUUAACUUAGUUUCUUAUAUUGAAGUUUUGUAUUAAGUUACUUAGCACAAUUAUGAACUUUCUGUCACAUUCAUAGUACAUUUAAAGCUAGCAUAAUAAGUUUGUAAUGUUAAUAUAAUAUGUUAUAGAAAUGAAUGCGAGACUUAAAAGUUAUUACUCUAUGAAUGUUGAUGUUCCCUAGAUAUAGUAAACGUGUGACUGAUUUAGCUUGUAACUCCUAUUUUUACGUGUUCUGGUAACUUCUAAAUAAAUGCGUAAUAUUUUUAUGUAAUAUC